AAUUACCAUCCUAUUCUUACAACAAUCUUACAUAUCAAACAUAGCCUAAAAUUCACAUCUUAGCAUAUAUAAUCUCGUCUCUGUUCUUGUGUUUCAAACUUCUUUAUAAAAACUAAAAGGUAAAUCCUCACUAAGAUACUCCGUUUUGGGUUUUCUAAAGAUGAUUUUAAUUUUAGGAUACAAGAACUUGGGCUUGAGAGUAGCCCGUAGCCCAUCGAUUGAAUUAGACCCAUGCAAAAGUAAAAUAAUAAUGAAGAUGUAAAUAAAAUAUUUGGUAUUAACAGUCUUAUCCUACUCUCCGUCCUGCUCCACUCAAAUGGCGCUGACCAGUAUUGGCAUCAGCAACGGUAGUAGCAAUAGUGGUUAUGGAGUCCGAAUCCUCUGCGAAAACCCAACCAAACAAUUCUACACCACCCUCCCUCCUCGCUGCCACCAACUCUUCCCCAUCUCCCCCAGAACCCUCCACUUAACCUCCGCAGCCAAAAAGUUCUCCUCCCGAACUGGACGCCUCGACAGCAAGAACCGGAGGAGCACUCUCACGACGAAAGAACAAUAUGAGGAACAAAAGCAACAACGGACGGCGGAGAUUGAAGAAGAAAAUAAUGUUGUCGGGGUUGGCUUAGAUAACCUUGGUGGGAGUUCAUCUGAGGUUUCGGCUGAUGGGAAACCAUUUCCGGAACUUCCAGGUCUUCAACCAGAUUUGUGGGAAGGUCCUCAGUGGGAUGUUCUUGGUUUCCUUGUUCAGUAUUUGUGGGCUUUGGGCAUCGUUUUCGCGUUAAUUGCAUGUGGGAUUGCUGUGGCUACUUACAACGAAGGGGCAACGGAUUUUAAGGAGACUCCUGCUUACAAAGAGUCUAUCCAAUCUCGAGAGCUUUUAGAAGAACCCGAGGCCUCUAAUUCAGAUGUAUUUGAAUCAAACCCUACUGAAGUUGCACCCAGUUUGGAGUAGUUGCUGUAGAAUGAACACAAGAGGUCUUUCUAUCUUGGUUGAUAAACAAAUCACUUAAAAUUAGGGCUUUGUCCUUGAUUUGUAACCUAAUAUAUGCUUGCAAAUAUUGUAUCUUAAUGAUUUUGAGAUGAUGUUAAAAUUAUCUGAUAGUUGGCAAACAUUAAAGGGCACGGUCUCGCUUUUUCUGAAAUAAUUAUUCUUACCUAGGUCUUAAGAAUUUGGUUGAGUGACAUAUCCUUUUAAUGGUAAUAUACUGGCUUGCUUGGGGGAUGGUAAACCUUUCUUUUUUUUUUAAUGAACAUUGAAAGUUUGGGAUCAAAUUUCAAAUGAAAAUGUUCGGUAUAAAGAAGGUUGUAGUUUGGAUAUAGUGAAACGGGUUGUUAGUACAGAAAUUUGAAUUUCAAAUUCCUUAGAUGUCUCUAGAAAGGGUAGUUGUGUCAACUUAUUGAAGUUCAAUCAUUUUACAUAGCUGAGUUCCGAGUUCAAUCAUCUAUAAUUUUCAUUAUAUAAGAAGUUGCUACUAGGCAUUGCUGUUAAUAAUUCGAUAAAGGAUUUUGAUGCGGUGCGAUGUAGA